CCCACCUUCUCCGUACACAGUUUCCUGCUGGCUUUAGUGUUGAUGUCACAAGAAAUACCUGUCCUGUUGGGUUUUUGGGUCUCUUCUGGUAUCUGCUCGGGUGUCAAAUGCAAGACCAGGACAACAGAGAGCUUGCUACCGAAUGUUCCCAGGUGGACCCAUAUAUUUUGCAUCUCCAGAAGUGCCUGUCAAAUAUUCACAAGGUAAUUCAGAAAACUAAUGACAUACUGUGCAGUAUCAGCCACCCCUCAGUGUGUAGUGAAGUGCUGCUUUCUUCCCGAGGAACCGAUUACAUCUCAGAGGUAUUGGAAGUGUACAGAAUCUCGAAGAGAAUUGAAGGAGGCAUGAAAACUCUACACCUUGAUUAUGACAGCCUGCAGCUCGCCCUCAGAGAUAUUGAAUUAUCCUGGAAUAACUUGCAGGCUUUUCUGUCUUUGUGUCCAUGUGUACUACAGAUGCUGCCACCCCCUUCGUCUCUGGACUAUAAAGUGAAGGGGACCAGCUCUGACCCAGUCUGCUGCCUGAAAAGGUGCUGUGGGGUUUGUCUACUGGAAGAAGAGCCGCUUGGUGGGGAGUCUGUGGACAACAUGCUGAUGCACGGAGGACAUCUGUACCACCCAAGCUGUGCCAACUUCUGGUUAAAUUGCAUUGAUUCCAACCUCCCAGUUCUGUCGUGUCACAAAAACUGUUGUCUCUAUGCACCUUCUUAAGAAGAAAAUGCUGUAAACCAAGAAAAUCAACCCCACCAAGAACCUCUGAAUAUUUGCUGCUUUUUGCGCUGAUCUGCGCUUCUUAUAUGCGCAUCUGAUAACAUUUUGUAAUUCUCCAUGGACCUGGCUUUUUUACGCAUGUUCCAGGAUGUGCACCAUACACUGCAAUGACCUGUAAAUAGCUUUUUUUCUGUUUGUGAAACAUUUGUCUUGAACGAGGCUUUCUAAAUAACAAUAUUCAUGAUUUAUUUAUUGCAUGGCGUCCGGAUGGCACUUUAAUCAACACCACAGAUCUGUCUGUGUAGCAUUUCCCAAUUUGACCUCACUUGCAAAUAGAGAAUAAAUAUAUAUCUGUGUGAUACAUGAUGUCACAGAAAAAAAA